AUGACACGCUCUUGCAGAUCAGCCGGCAGCGGCGUCGCCAUCGCUGAUCCUCUUGGCCUGCGCUACGUGCUGCUGCUUUUGCCGCUGCUGUUUACGAGGUCGCUGGCGGGCUUCGCAGCGUCAAAGAACUCUGCCAAGCUGGCCGCAGCCGGUGGCACGUUUGGCCCACCAGGUCUUGCAGAGCCAACAGAGGUGGAUCUGCUGGAUGACUCCGACCCUCCGAAGGACAUGCCCUCCAUCCUGCCAAGAGUGCAGGCUCCGGAACCCGAGCGAGAACCGGAGGAGGCCGGGCUGUUCUUGUCCGUCCUGACGGGCGAGAGAGCCUGGAUGGUGCUCUCCUUCGGGGUGGGCUACGGCCUGGUGCAGUACUUCCUCUCCAAGGGUGACACGGCAGAGUGCGUGGCCGCCAAGAAGGAGUGA